UUUUUUUGUUUGAGCUUCUCGACGGCACCAAAACCCUCUCGCUCAGUGGCUGGUCAAAUCUGCUUGCUGAAUGACGACGCAGCAAUUUUGUAUCCUUGUUGUUGUUAUUGUUGUAGGCACCGAUCGAUCCUCUCUCAGGCGAUCCUAAGAAGGCCUUAUAUGCAUCAGCGGCGCAUUUGGAAUGGUAUCUUUUCUUUGCUGAGGUGGGUUGUGUGUGUGUGUGUGAGAGAGAGAGAGAGCGAGAGCAAGAGAGAGAGAGAUUUGACGAAGUUUGAUGCGGCGGUGUGAGUUUACGCUUGUUGGGGUCUUUAGUUGAUUCGAUGGAAGAGGAAUGAGCUUUGGGUACCUGGCGCUGCAGACCGUUUCGGAGGAUCCUUGACGGCAGUAGUAGACAGGUGCUGUUUCUGAGCGUUUUCGUGUGUCGGUGCAUAGUGUCGUCGCUGCUACCGCUGCUGCUGCUGCGAUCUUUAUGUGGGUGAGUGAGGGUUAUAGGUUGAGGUGACGAGGAGGGAGGUUGGAGUGGUGAGGGGUUGAUGGAUGUCGCAGGUCUUGUAAAGGGAUAGAUCUGGGGAUGUGACGAUGGUGCACGAUCAGGGCUAGGUUUUGGGGGUGCGGUGGGAUGGAUUAUGUAGUGGUUUGGUUCAUGCAUGGCGACUUUCACGCGUUUGAUCUCUUAAUGUAAUUUGGUCGAUAUGGGGCACUAUUAUUUGUAAACGCACAUGAGCGUUUGAGGCGCGGAUGCCUUCAUAUUAUUGUUGGGAUUUACUUGUGGUUGGGCUGUAGGAGCGUCUAGUAUCACGUUUCUAAAACGAGUUGGAGACCUAUGCCUAGUUUUGCGCUUUACAAGAUUCUCUGUUGCCCUAUUUCUUCUCAGGAUCACGAUUGAAAGGUUGUUUCUUACGAAUUGGGACAGUUGUGAAGGUGAACAUCAAGGUGCAGUGUUUGCGGCAGUUUAGGGGUCAAGGUGUUUUAGGUAGGUUAUACCUGGCACAACCAGCGUGGCAAAAACAUGCUCAAGGAUAUCCAGUGUGGUGUUUCAGCGUUGGACAUAUCAUAUUCAAAACAUUGAUGGGCAUGGAGGAGAAAGUGUUGACUUAACGGGUUAGGUACCGAGUAAGUGUUGAUUUCCUGCGAAAGCCACAGAAUUCGCAAAAGUAGUACAGGACUGUGUUAUUGGGGUCACUACAUUUACAUGAUUAUGUAAGGUGUAGAUGAGUAGGAUCGGCAACCAUGUCAUUCAGAAAUAUCAAAACGAAGGGAUCAAUGGAAGGGAAAGCUGAUGGUAGUAAGCAGCAGGAAGUUGGAGCUGCUCUAUUCCCCCGGUUGCAUGUAGCGGAAACGAAAAAGGCAGGACCACGAGGUCCGCCGCGCAACAAGAUGGCACUCUCUGAGCAGCUCACUAUUCCAUCACAUAAAUUCAAACCGUCUCCCAUCGCUCUGCCCUCCUCAGGACGAAAUACGAAGUACCCUUCCAUGUGCACCCCGACAUAUCUACCUCAGGUACAAACUGGAUCUUAUGAUAGUAUGUACUCAUUCGUGCCCAUGAACUAUAUGAAUUCCGGCAUUAUUCCAACGAUGGCAUGUGUACCCAUGAUGAAUUCGGGACUUUACAGUGUUGACUCUAGAUCUUCGCUCAACACUUGCAGCAGUAAAAGUACUGUUGUGGAUGGAUCUUCAGAACCGUCGGUGGGAGGUGCAGUUACUCAGCCGCCCAAAUCCUUCAAUCACUCAAAACAACAUUCUCCCAGCAAGAAGGGAAGUAGAGAUGAUGAAUUUGCAGUGCCCGCUCACUCUUCGGGUACACCCUCGAGUCUCCUUCAAACCCAACAAGACUCUAGAGAAGAGCAGCUUCCUCCAGGAUGCAAGAAUUUUGUAAUGGAGAAGCGAACUUCUGCAUGUGUGAACCAAGUACGACGGAUCGUUACAGAGAAGAGCAUUGAGGUAACGUCAAGAAAGCGCAAGGAUGAUGCCAGCUGGCAUACUGCUAGUGAAGAAUGCACGACUGUUUCUGCGAUUGACAAUGAUGUGGAUUCUCAAGAGUUUCGUCAUACGGAGUUGGACAGAGUUCCCGUGGGACAUCGCGGUCAUGUGAAGCCCAGCUCAUGCAAAAUUAGACAGGAGGAUGUUCGAAUUCAUGGAAAUGAGGUAAGGAAAAGUUUCGCAGGCCUCGCGAAAAUAACAGAGACUCAUCCUACAACUGCACGUAUUUCCUCAAUGCACACCUUGAUAGCUCCGUCGGAACAGGAUAUCAUCAGCAACAUAAGUUCUGAAAACCAGAGUGAGGAGAUAUCAGAACUUUAUCAGCAAAAAAGAGGUAGCAGUGCGAGGACAGGUUCCUUAAUGUUGGAGAAUGUGCCAACGGAUUUUGUACAACUUCGGGAUGUUGUGAACAUCUUCGGCCAGCAAGGAUUCUGGAAGACUCAGAAGGUCAUUAUCAGACAGCAAAGGAUUUUUUCGAAGCAAUUGUUCGAUCUUCACCGGAUCAUGGAGGUGCAGCACCUUCUCGCAAAGGAGCUGUGUUUUUCUAUCACCGUCGACGAAGAUAAGGUAGAAGAAGAAGACGACAACGUGUCUGUGCCCUCAAGUCCUUUAGCUGUAGUUCCUGAAGUACAUGAAGAUUCUGAAAUCUCUGGAGCUUCCCAAGUUCCUGAAAUUUCAGAAACACCUGACAGAUGUCUAGAUACGAAUGUUUGUGAGGCUUCGAAUGAAGCUCCAAGACCAGUUCCGCCACCAUUCCCUGCACCGAUGUACUCUCUUCCUGUACUCUCUCAACAUAGCUUCACUCCUGAGUCUUUAUGGCAGGCACCUCCUUAUGCUACAAAUCCGUGGGCACCAAGAAUGGCGUCCCCCUACGUGUAUGUACCUUAUCCACCGACUUGUUCACCUGGGUACGGAGCUUAUCCUAUGAUGGGUGCAUCGGUGCCAGUGUAUGGUCAUCCAGGAGCUAUGCCAGUUUUCAGAUUUCCAGCUUGGCCGCUGCCAGGAAUGUCUCAUCCAUGGAAUGCUCGAGACUCAGUUGAAGCAGCAGCGUGGUACGGUCAACAGGCUGUGCCAGGAGCACCUCCUGUACCAAGCAAGGGCUUCUCAUCUCCUGCAUGCAACAUGGAACACUUCGCAUCAUCUAGUGGAUCCCGUCAAUCGGUUGAAAGAACUGCACAAAUGGGAAAUGAUCGAUCAGCGGGAAAGAUGUCUGACACUGGAGCUAACCGGAGCAACGAAGGGGACUUUGUGGAGGGUUGCGACCGGGCUAAAGUUGGGGGGGGGGGAGAAGUAAGGGUUCGUGGAGACCGAAAUUCAGCUCAAAAGACAGGAGAUAUUGCAGAUCUUCGAGGAGAGGAAACUGACUGCGAAGAUGGUGCAGCCUGUCAAGAUGCGGAGGCUGGACAAGAGAAUUCUGAUUGCGAAGUCAAAAACCACAGCAACGAAAGAAACAAAGGAAAUAGUAAGGAAGGUGCAGAGUUGGAAUCAAUGGGAAGACAACAGAAGGGAUCCUCAAAUGGGAAGUCAUUGAAACGCAUGCGAUCAGAGAGCCUAGAUCCUGAUGCCUGCCGUUGGUUCCCGAUAUUGUCUCCUGCUAAGGUAUCUAAGCAUCAAAUUGGUGUGAUCAAGGCUGUGCCGCGGGCAGUUUCUGCUACUCUAGAAUCAGCAGCCAACAUACUAUUGUCAAUUCAAACUGAAAAAUGGCGCUGAUGCAUGCUACCUGGAAACUCCUAAUAAAUUAGGAGUUGUAUGUGUCAGUGUUAGGUUCAGCCAUGUGAUUAGUGUUCGCUUUUGCGAUCAGCCUAAUCUGCACUGAUUGUUUAUCGAGCUGGGAGCCGUUUGUACGCAUUUGUACACAGAAUUACUGCGUGUUUGCAAUUCAAGUCCAUCUUUUGGAAGGGUGGCUGGUAUGAUUUUCUAGGUUUAGCCUUUCCGGUGUGUGUCUCCUUGAUAGCUUGCAGAACUUUAAAGAGUAUGCCUAGUGAGUGGCAUGUUGUAUAGGAAUAACGAUGGUCAUACUUAAGAUUUGAGAGCUCUGUUGCGGUAAUGUCUCCUUGAUGGACACUUUUUUUUUUUCUUUUUUUGUUUUUGUUUUGAUGUAAUGGCAAACAUCACCCAUUCAUCUCCAAAGCAUGGAGUUUUCAGUA